AUGGUCCUCGCAACUCAACAAAAUGAUGAUGGUCCGUUACUUUAUUUACUAAUCUUUUUCAUGGUACUCAUAUUUUUUAGUGGUAUAUGUUGGAUGUUUUGUUGCGGCACUUGUAUUGGUAGGGAUUUAUUAAAGUUUUGUUGCAGAAUUACUUGGUUUUUACCUAAGAAUAAACGUAAUAAACGAAAAAAGAAUCGAACUAGAUCAAGUGGGAUAAAAAGAGGUAGCAGUUCUAAACGUGAUAAUAUUCCUUUGGAUGAUGAAGAAUGGGAAAUGUUGGAAGAUGGUGAACUUUUUAGAGAAGUAGAUGUUUAA